UGUAUAUAUUAGACAUGACCAAUUUCCAUGCACAAUCAGUUCUAAGUAAUUAGCUGGUAAAGAUACAAUUUUAGAGAUGGGAAAGGCAAGCAAAUGGAUGAUAAACUUCUUGUUAGGAAGAAAGGAUCAGGAGAAAGACAAAAAGAAAGAUGUUGUUUUUCUUAAAGAAAGUGUGCUACCAAGUCCAACACCCCCAAGUAUGAAGAGGAGAUGGAGCUUUGGAAGAUCAUCAAGCAAAGAGAAAUCUCAUAAGAGUUCCAAAUCCCUUGACUUGAUCACCACAAGCUCAGUUGUAAGACAAGCCAUAUCGGAGUUGCAGAAUCAGCAGAUCAAUAACAAUUUGGCUUUGGUUGUGGCGCCACCAAAACCUGCAAGAGGUGGAAUAAUAAGCAAAGCAGUUAAACAUGCAGCUGCCACCAAAAUUCAAGCUGCUUAUCGUUCUUAUUUGGCAAGGAAAGCAUUGUGUGCUUUGAGAGGACUGGUGAAGUUGCAAGCACUGGUAAGGGGUCACAUAGUGAGGAAGGAAACAAGUGCUGCUCUUCGAGGCAUGCAUGCGUUGAUGUCAAUCCAAGUUAGAGCUCGGUUUCAGAGGCUGCAGAUGGCUGAGGAAUCUCAGCUUCUUGUUAAAAGCCAAUCUUUAAGACACAGCACACAUAUUCCUCAAGACAUGGGAAUUGGAUUCACAAGAGCACACAAAGAAGCAAUUGACCCAAAUCUUUAUGAAACACAUGGGAUUUCCCAGAGGAAAUAUGGGUAUUUGAAUCAUGCACAAAUUGGGAGGAUAGAGCAUGGUGUCACCACAUUUUUUUCAGGAGAGCUUUCAAUCUCAAAGCGAGAACAUCACCAAUAUGAGGAGAUAUCUUUCUCCACAGCACAGAAUACUCCCAGACAUUAUCAAAAACUGCCCAACACUUUUCCAGGAAGAGCCUCUUUCAGCAAUCAGCAACCAGAUUAUUCACAUGCUGUGUGUCAUGAACCAAAUUACAUGUCCAAGACAGAAUCUUCCAGGGCCAAGUCUAGGUCACAUAGUGAACCAAAACAGCGUCCCAAAUGGAGCAUGAAACCGAAAACAACCAAACGAACAGCUUCGCUGGAUCGAACCAAUGUCCUGGCAGACCCUCAAACACAACGGUCUUCUCCAUGUUCAACCAAUGUCCUGGCAGACCCUCAAACACAACGGUCUUCUCCAUGUUCAACUACGGUUGUUCACGAAAACCAGGAUCCUUGGUUCAUCAAGCUUUAUAGAUCAAAGAGGAUCAUCAGGGACAGUGAGUCUGAUGCCAACAGCACAGCAACCAGUCGUUCCAAAUACUGCAACUCUCUGAUGCCAUAUGAGGCAAGUUAUGAAAGAGACUUACUUCACUGGCUAUAGACAGCUUUUGUUGAAUCUUUGGUUGCCUGAUGUGUUGAUUUAUUUGACUGCUGCCCCAUUUGACCCUGUACUAAUAAAUCAUGGCUUGCUACCUUGACACUGCUCGGACGAUUUUAGGAAGAGAGAACAGACGAUAUACAUGACAACUGAUUCAAGUUUCAAUAAAAGAACAAGUUGAGAAAUUUAGAUGGUAUUGUGGAAAUAAACAGGAGAGUAGAGAUCAAUGGUUUCUAACUCAUAAAUCAAAUGUCAAA